GUGUGGUAUCAUGCCUUGUAAAUUGGCAUAUCAUUCUAACACUGGCUUACCACUUUUGAAGAGCAAAUAGGACCAAACCAUGUACCAUGAUUCAGCUCAUAAUGUUCAGUCCAGCCGGCCCAGCCUCAGCAUGCGCUAUGCAGAGUUAGCUUCCAAUUCCCAGGUGAUUGUCUAUAACUGCACAUGCGUGAUGGCUUGUUUACGCCCUCCUUAUAUCCAUCCAAGUUUUUCUGUGAAAGAUGGCUGAAUUGUCUGAAGUGGAUCUGGAUGCUCUGGUGGUCCAGGUGGAGGGACUGGGCCUGGAGGAAAACAAAGUGGGCUCUGGGGCCUAUGGAAUAGUCUUCAAAGUCACAGUGAACGGGAAAAAGUGUAUUGCAAAAAAGCUCCACAAUAUCUUGCUCCAAGCCGACAACUACUACCCUCAUGCCCCCACUCAGCAGAGAGACUUCAUUGUGAGAAAAUUCUGCAACGAAUGUCGCAUUUUGAAGAGCUUGGAUGAUCCCAAUGUGGUCAGCUUUGAGGGAGUUCAUUACGGCCGUGACAAGAACGACAUCAGUCUGAUAAUGGAGAGGCUUCAUUCUGAUCUGGCUGACUUUGUCAAGAAGAAUCCCGAGGCAAACCUUGCCACUAGAAUCCACAUCCUCUAUGAUGUAUCUAAGGGCCUUCGCUACCUUCACUCUCUGACCCCUCCCCUCAUCCACCGAGACCUCACUGCUCCCAACGUUCUGCUCACUGAGGACCUCACUGCCAAGAUUGGAGACCUGGGCGUGUCCAGGUACGUAGAUCCAACAGUGCCCACCAUCUUGUCCACUAAUCCGGGUCACCUCAUCUACAUGUCUCCGGAAAGCCAAGUGAAGAAUCCCGUUUACACCACCAAGCUGGACAUCUUCUCUUUCGGGAAUCUCAUCAUCCACACUUUCAUUGGGGAUUUGCCCAAGGUGUACACAAUUCUAACCAGUGACCCAAACAGGGCGCAAUACGAACGUGAGGGGACGUUUGAGCUAAUGAGACGAAGUACAUCCGUUCACGAUACAAUGGGGGAGGAUCACACUCUUUAUCCUCUCGUUGUUCGUUGCCUCCACGACCGACCCGAGGAGAGACCAGCAGUUGAGGAAGUGAGCAGCUCACUCAGAGAGCUGUGUCACAGGCAUCCCAGAAUGUCAUUCCUGGAAGCGUGCAAGGCUGGUAAUGUGGGUGUGGUUCAGGAGCUACUGGACGGUGGGGCUGAUCCCAACCAGGCUGAUGAGAAUAACACAACUGUUGUUUGCUGGGCCAGUUACAAUGGACAUGAUGAGGUGGUGAGGGUCCUUAUUCGAGCUGGAGCUAAUGUCAACACUCUAGACAAGGAUGGAGACUCCCCUCUCUUCACAGCCAGUUUCUCUGGUCACCAGAAGUGUGUGCAGCUCUUGCUUGAAGCUGGGGCCAUUGUUGAUGUACAAACAGAGUUCAACAGGACUCCUCUGAUGUCUGCUGCCAAAAAUGGACACUCUGCCAUUGUCCGUCACCUUCUCUCCUGUGGAGCUGACCCCAACCUCAGGAACAAGGGUGGUCAAUCUGCCUACGAUCUGGCUCGUACGAAUGGACACACUCAAGUCUGUGAAUUGUUACAGCCUAAACAGUGUACAUACGUAUGCAGUGAUCAUGACGGUGUUAAGAGCGAGCAUUGGAGGUGCCAGACUGCCAGUGCAGUUAUACAUGAUGCUAUAAUAAUAUUAUUGUACUCUCAUUAUACAAUUACCCAUGAAUCGACCUUAUUCCUUAUUAUUAUCUGGCCUCACGAAAUUAAGCUACGUACUUUUAUAAUUAACAUAAGACACUGGCCUCCAAACCCCUAAAAUUUGAUCCCCCUU